AUGACGGCAAUCUACGUCAAGAACCGUCUGCCGUCGCCUAAAGAUGUACACAAGACUCCGUUCGAGAUCGUCCACAACUCCAAGCCAAGUGUCAAGCACAAGCGGGUGGUCUUCAGUCGCGAUGUCAACUUUGACGAGUCCACCUUUGGACUUGCGCUGCCGAUCACUGAUGAAGAUACCGAUGACCUUGACUUCGACUCCCUCGAGCUAGAUGAUAAAUGCCAGGUCAAGCGCAGUACAAGCAAACAGGCAAUGCGUCAACGGCCUGGACUAGAAGAAUCAAGUGCGCCAGACACUCACACGAUUCAACAAGAAGAAGAUGAAGAAACAAAGAAUGCUGAUGCAUCGACUCCGCCUGUGUUUUGGCGUGCGAGUGCUAACGCCGUCGAAACAGCAGUGGACUUAUCCGAGCCAUCGACCUUUGAAGCUGCGGUGAGCGGUCCUGAUCAAGUGCAUUGGCGCGAAGCUAUCCGUGCGGAACUUGAGUCGAUGCGACUUCGUGAAGUGUUCCGCGCAGCCAAGCUACCUAAAGGACAUCGCGCCAUUGACACGAAGUGGGUCUUCAAGAUCAAGCGCAAAGCGGACGGAUCAAUUGACAAGUACAAGGCGCGUCUUGUGGCAAAGGGUUUCAAGCAACAAUAUGGUAUCGACUACACGGAAACAUUUUCGCCCGUAGUCAAGUACGUGACGCUGCGCAUGGUGAUUGCAGUCGCCAAGUAUUUCGGAUGGACCAUCGACCAACUCGACGUGGUGGCGGCAUUCCUGUAUGGUGUAAUGAAGGAACAAGUUUUCUACGUCAUCCCUGAAGGCGUGGAAUUGGAGGGCUCCUUCGAUUGUCUGGAGUUGGUGAAGGCAAUCUACGGACUAAAACAAGCGUCGCGCGUAUGGAACAAAACUCUUGACGAGUUCCUCAUGCCAGCUAAUUGCACGCACCAAGACCGACCUGAAGACACGAUUCGGAUGACUGACAGCGGCAAGUGUGCAUUUGUGCUUGGAAUCGAGCUUUUGGACGGCGCAUAUGGAAGUGUGACACUAUUCCAGCGUCGGUAUGUAGAUGACAUACUCAAGCGCUUUGACAUGGAUGAUUGCAAGGCCGUCGCAAGUCCAGUCGACAUGAGCUCUCGACUUGUUUCAAGUGAUGCAGCCACCAAGGUCGAUGAUCCUUUUCGCAAAGCUGUUGGUGCGUUGAUGCACCUGACCACCGCAACGCGCCCGGAUAUUGCGUUCGCCGUGAGCUAUGUGUCGCGAUUCAUGGAGAACCCCCAAGAAGAACACUGGGUUGCAGUUAAGCGCAUCUUCCGCUACCUACAAGGCACCAAGAUGCACAGAAUCUGCUACAAGCCAAAUGCGAAGAUCGACUCUCGUGGAUACUCGGAUGCAGACUGGGCCGGUGACCUCGCUGAUCGCAAGUCGACGUCUGGUUACGUAUUCAUGCUGUUGGGUGCGCCAGCGAGUUGGGGCAGCAAGAAACAGCCAAGUGUUUCGUUGUCCACGAGUGAAGCCGAAUACAUCGCACUCAGCUUGGCGAUUUAA